AAAAAGAAGCUGAAGAACUUGAGGACGGUGGAGAUAAACUUAAUAAGAUGUUUCGAGAUAUAUACAGCAAUGCCACUGAGGAAACUCGAAAAGCAAUGAUCAAAAGCUUUACGGAGUCUGCUGGCACUGUUCUGAGUACCAACUGGAAGGAAGUAAGCAAAGGAAAAGUUGAAAUUAAACCUCCGGAUGGGAUGGAAUACAAACAAUACGAAUUAUAA